AUGACUGUACUGACACGGUUUUCAAGGUUUGGCAUCUUCUCUAAAGGUAGAGGUGGAGCACCUGAAACUAGUGCUGGAGCUCUCAAUACUCAGAAGGAAAAAGCUUCUGAAAGUAAGUUUUUUGUUAAGAUAAACAUAGUUUUUAAAAAUAUAUUAUAAAAAGGAAGUAAAACUUGUUACCUCGACAAGAAUAAUAUUCUUUUAACUUUACAACCUUUUAUUUUUAGAAGAAAUCAAGACUUUGCAAAAACUAACAGAAGAAUCGGACUCUUCAACCAAGAAUACUGUAACUAUCGAGACCACACAACCUUCCUACUUUGGAUACCUAUCUGGCGUUGUGAGUUCGCUGUGGAAUCCAGCACAACACAAAGUGGAACGAGGUGAACAUGAAAUUACUGCUCCACCUGUCAAGGAGAAGUAUGUUAUUUAGGUCUGAUACGAGAAUGUUAUGGUAUAUUCGUUAAUAUUUAUGCUUUGAUUUAAAACUAUUUUCAGGAAAACAAAGAUAAUCGUGAAGAAAGUGAGCCGAACGGAAGUUGUGGAACGGACUCAGAAUCUAGUGAAAGCAUUAUUGGAAGCAGAAUCUCCGCCUGAAGCGCUACCGAAAACAGAAAAUCUUGUGAAGCAUUUGGUCGAGUUUCCAGCUAGUCGAUUAGUUGCCGUUCAACGGGUAGGUGAAUCUUAGAUUUACGUUUAAAAGGGGUAUACUUUUAUUUUUAUAUGUUUAUUACUGGCCGUUGAGGUUGAUAAAGAUAAGUUAUAAAAAUUAUUUAAAAUUACUUUUGUUUCAGUACCCAGAAUUAGUGUCAUUUUUGUUGAAACAAGAAAAGACGAGCCAAGAGGAAGCUUUGAAAGGCUGUACGAGGAGGUGUCUGGCUUUACUUGGUUAUGUGAAAGCACCUAAGGGCGCGGGUAUCAGAGUACUAUCCAUCGAUGGAGGAGGUACCCGAGGGAUGAUGGGUCUGGAAAUUCUGGCGGAAUUAGAAAAGAAUCUCGGAUCCAAGGUAAGCCUUUGGUUAAUGUAGUUUAAAGUGAUUGUUGUUUUGAUUUAUAUAUUUCAUGGAUUACAUUGUUUUGUGAUGCUUUCAGAUAUGUGAGCAUUUCGAUCUUAUUUGUGGCGUCAGUACUGGUGCCAUCAUCUCUGUACUGCUCGGAGCGAAGAGGAUGCAUGUAAAGACAGCCAAGGAGAUAUAUAUGGACAUUUCGAGACAGCUAUUUAAUCAAGGAAAGAUAUCCGGAGUGAGUGGUCUUCUGAUGUCACACUCUUACUACAACACCAAGAAGUGGGUCGAGAUACUUCAGACCACUUUAGGCAAUGACCAGGUGUUGGAUACCUCCCAGCAUGAAGAUGCCGUCAAGAUAGCUGUUAUCUCAUGCAUAGUAAACGCAGCUCAACUUCAACCAUUCGUGUUCCGCAACUACGAACACCCUGCGGGCAGGGACAGUCAUUUUCGUGGUGGGACCCAACAUAAACUGUGGCAGGCGAUUCAAGCAUCGGCCGCUGCUCCAGGUUACUUCGAAGAGGUGGGUUUAGUUUUAAAUUGGAUUUUUAUAGUUAUCUUUCUAUAUUACUAUAUCCAGUCGCUCUAA